UCCUUGAGAGUGAACGUACCGUUGUCCUGUCGCUAAAAACACUAAAAAAAGUCUAGACCAACAGCAUCCUGAGGGUGUCUGCCCUGCUGAGUGACUUUUCAAAGUGCGAACAUUUCAUUCUUUGGUUUUGACAGCGAUAUUUGACAGCGAUUAGAGAUCUGUUGAUUUAUAUAAUUCCAGUGACCAGACCUUCACCGAUCAUUACACUCGGGAUAAAUUCCUUUGCCAUGAAUUGGACGGCGAAGAGUUGAAGAAGAUGGCACUUUAGAGUGAUAAAACUUCUAGAUAAAUCGGGCUGGUGUGAAGUCGUUCGCCAACCUUGAAGACGUAAUGAAACUAUCAAAGUAUGAGCCAACAAGCUCUAACAUGCCUUUAGAUAGUGAAGUCAAUGACUCUAAUGACGCUUCCAUACCAAGAUGGAAAAACCGCCUUCAACGCUUUAAAAACUCUCUACGUGCUUCUCUGAGACCAAAAAAGCGAAAAACAAGCAAAGACUUGAUACAAGACGUAGAAGAUGGACAAAAAGAAAGUCGUAAGUCAAGUGGAAAGGACAGAAAGAAUUGGACGUCGCUUCCAUCUGUUUCUACUCGUGAUGCAAAGGACAACAAAGUAAUGUUUUGGCGGGAAAAUGGCGUUGAACAAAAACACACACGGCUGUCAAAAAAGAACAAAAAACAAGGCAGCGAUAAGCCUAAGUCAACAAGCAAAUUGCACUCUAUGCAUAAAAAAACACUCUCUGAUAGCCAGGACUUGAACGAGCGUAACCACGACGAAUGGAGAAAGUAUUAUUCUCACAACAACAUUUCGGAGCUCCAAACGCGUCUUCCUCAAGAGGAAAAGAACCACAAUGUAAGCUAUGAUGUCAUUAAAGAGCUAAGCUCUACCGAAAGUUCACCUAAUUUGAAGCGUAGGUGGCGAAAGAAAAACAACCAAACGUCUCUUUCAAGACCUAAAAGCUUAAAUAUACUUACAAGUUUGUUUAAACGCUCAAGUACUUCCAAGAACGAACUGAAAACAAACCGUGGGAAUUUGACGAAAACUGAGACUCUUCAUUCUACGAAAGCCAAGUCUUCAACAAGUGUUCCCACUGAAUGUGACUUCGAGAGAAAAUGUGAUCCAACGCUUAGCAGCUCAUCUUCGAUUGAAUCCCUCGAUGAUGAUGAUUUCUACCCAAUUGAAGGAACGCGUAAUAUCAAAAGGCAUAAUUCCCUGAAACGCUCCAGAGCGUCUUUGAUUUUUCCUCGAAACUCCAUUUGCUGUCAGGAUCGCGGAAACCUUAGAGAAAAAGCUAGAACUUUCUGUGGAGUGCAAGAUUUUUUGGCUUUGGAGAGCUCGCCAAAUAUUACAGAGGGCUCGGAUUUUGAUUCUCARACUGCAAUUUCGGAAAGACGCAGAGAAUCUUGUCUGGUAAAAGAGAAAAAGAGGUCUGUGUCACUUGUUGUUCCUUUGUCAUCGUCAACGGUUGAUUUCGUCCAUUAUCACUUGACUGAUAAUCGUGCAUCCUUGAAGGACUUUAAGUCAUUCAUCAAAACUGAUAGCUCCCAUUUACGGUAUCAAAGAGCAUCAAUUAAUAAUAUUCGCUCCAUUUCAAAACGAAUGAGCAUGUCCGCUCAAAGCUUCGCCAAUAUUCCUUCACUUGGAGUAACCUACGUCAACAACGAUGGAGUAGAAAACACCCUUGUGAUUCUAAGUGGAAACGCGAGCCAAAGCUGUUACAACUUGUUCAAAGAGAACGAACGUAUUCACUUUCCAUUGAAGGUUAAUUACUGUCAGGGGACAGCAGAGGAGAAGGUUACUAUGGGAAACCAACAGGGGAGUAGGUUGGAGCGUUCAUCGUCCUUCGGUGACUUUUUAGAGCAAGGAGGUACACUGAAAGCUACGAGCUCAACACCGGAUUUAUAUCGUGCGGCCUUUUCUGGUUACACUCUUACGAGAGCAGAAGAAGUUAGUAAGAAGAAUAUGAGUCAUAUGAUGAAGGGAUGGUCACUUAAAAGACACACUCUGACUAUAAAUCCCAAGAAUCACGAUCCGCCGAACAAAGGUAAGAAGCACAGAAAGCUUUUCGGUCUAGGAUCUCAUCAUCAAAGCAAGGACAAGAAAGGUUGGACGAAUGAAUCGAAUAUAAGUGAAGCAAAGUGUAAAAGUUUAAGUAGAAGUGUGGAUUGUUUAUCAGAGAAACCACUGCCAAUUCGGCGAGACUAUAAAGGAUUAUUUCGUCCGCCAACAAGCUCCAAAACUGCAACUAAAAUGGAACAGAGAGCUAAGAAUUGUUCGAUCAAUUGUGAAUCAGAUUACGAGGAUGCAAGUCAGGUCUCCAAAGACUCAGGCCACGACUCUACAACCAGUAGACCCUUACCAAUGCCCCGUGGGUCGCAACUAAAGGCUCUCGACUCGGAAGAUUUUUCUGCGCCUGCAAGUUUUGAAAACGGUAGUGUGUUUUUGAGAAAUUAUAGACGGUAUAGUAUGGGGGUAGAUGGUUCGAAUCCUCAAGACAGCCCCCUUAUCCCACGUAUGUCGACGCUGGAAAGAGAGCGAUCAAAGAGUGCAUUGACGUACCCAAACGACCCUCAAUUCCCACCAGCUGUUCGACCAAGAAUUCAAAGUUUAGAGGAACUUUCACCUGUUGAAGCCGAGGUUAUCUUGCGGAAGAAGAAAUCGUUUGCGAGUCGGAAAACGAGAGCGAAACAUAGUUUAUCAAUGCCUACAGAGGAGCUGUUAGCGUCCGUGGACUUGAGCGACGACGUAAAAAGAUAUUCAUUCGGAGAAGAAAUGAGUAACUUCAGUGAUGCUGCACCAGUGCCUUUAACAGCAUACAAAUCAUUUAGCACCGAGUUUCUGACAAGUCAGGAGUCAUUAGACACUAUAAACUCGUCGAGUGAGAUGGGUAGUACCACUUCUAUUACGUCAGAAAAACUUCUUUCCCCACCUAUCUUCCUAUCUCCCUUCAAAGCAUCCCUAGAAGACAUAUCCAAAUCUCCCACGAUUGAAGAAGAACCGUCUUCGGGUCUUCUUGAACCUGAUGCGGAAAAAAAGAAAACAAGUCUAUCGAGGAACCCGAGGCUUGGUCGUUCUACGGGAGAUCUUUCUUUCGAGCUCUCGAGUACCCUUAGGAGGCAGCGUGAUGAAGAAUCCAUGUUUGAGGAGAUGGAUGUACCUGAAGCGUUCGCGGAGGCGUUGUGGGAUCACGUGACCAUGGACCCAGAGGAGCUCAGUUUCAAGGCUGGUGACAUCAUCACUGUUAUUAGCAUGACCAACGUUGAUUGGUGGUUUGGCCAGGUCGGGGAGAUGGUUGGUUGGUUCCCUGCACCGUUUGUCCGGGUUCGUGUAUCUCAAGAGCUCGAUGAGAUAGAACACCAACAGGCUCAACCAGUACGAACCAGAAAGUUUACUAACGAAGGACUGCUGACCAAAGAGGUCGUGCGCGCACGUGUGGUCAAUGAACUGCUGGAAACCGAGAAGGCAUACGUGAAAAAUAUUAAAGAUGUUGUAGAGGGUUAUUUAAAACAAGCACAGAAGCGAGACGACAUGUUUUCAGAGGAAGAGUUGUACACGCUCUUUUCCAACAUAGAGGAAAUUUACGCUUUCCACAAGAAACUGCUGGCUCAGAUGAAGAACUGUUACGUGAAAGACGAUCCGUGUGCCAGUCAAAUAGGCGCCGUGUUCUUAGCAAAUAAACAAGGUUUUAGUAUAUAUUCCGAAUACUGUAACAACCAUCCUCAAGCCAUCGCCGAGUUUAAAACGUUAAACGAGAGCAACAAGUACAAACACUUCUUUGAGGCUUGUCGUUUAUUACAAGGGAUGAUAAACAUCUCUUUGGAUGGGUUCUUGUUAACACCAGUGCAGAAGAUAUGCAAGUAUCCGUUACAGCUUGCAGAGUUACUGAAACACACUCAUCCUUCUCACCCGGAUUUCGAACCCGUUAGUCAGGCAUUAAAAACCAUGAAGGACGUGGCGGGGUUGAUAAAUGAAAGAAAAAGAAAAGUAGAAAGUAUCAACAAGAUAGCCAGGUGGCAAGGCACGAUAGAAGGAUGGGAGGGAGAUAAUGUCCUGGAACGAAGUUCGGAGCUCUUUUGUUCAGGAGAAGUGUACAAAGUAUCAAAUGGAACGACUCAAGAACGCAUCUGCUUUCUCUUCGAUCACCAACUGAUUUACUGCAAAAAGGAUAUUCUCAGGAAAAACGCUCUCACAUACAAGGGCAGAAUAGACAUGGACUUGGCUAUUGUUGAAUGGCUGGAGGACGGUCAAGAGACCCACAAGAACGAACCAUUAAAUAACGCAUGGAAAAUCUACAACAGCACUGACUACAAAUGGUACGUUGUCUACACUAAAAAACCCGAGCAGAAAGAAAAGUGGAAACUAGCUUUCGAAAAAGAAAGGACAAAAGUGAAUGAAAAAGUGGAAUCAGGUCUAGAAAUUUCACAGAGCACAAGACGAGCCGUCAUGAGAUCCGCAAGUUCGUCUAUCAAAGGCAAAAAAUCCGCUGCAGAGAGAAGAGAAAAGUACCUGCGCUCAGUGUCACAAACAGAUGCUCUUAAAUCUCCUCCCUCACCAACACUAAGACUUCCUCCCCCCGUCUCCAGUGAAGACUUCAUCAAAGAAGACGGUGACACCAAAGAAUCCGUUGUAGGAUUCUUACAAAGAACGUCUGCUCUGAGAAGAAGCUUCGGUUUACGAGGAAGCAAGAGAAGCCAUAAAGACAAACGAACAAGCUCAGUUUUCUAGGAAUUUUAUUUCAAAUUAACUGAAUUCGGAUUGCUAACACUAAACAGCCUAGUUUUCCCUCCAGACACAGUGCGAACGAGAUUUCAGAAUGCUGUGGACGCGCGGAGAAUGAGGACGAGUUAAACAAUCACCGCCCCAUUCUCCGCGCAUCAAAAAUAGCCUAAAUGAGUCUGGAGGGAAAAGAAGUAUGCUAUAUUUGUAGAUAAGUUUGUAAAUAUAUUACAAUUUAGUUCCAAGGGGUCGUUAGGUCAUUUAUGAGCGUGGACCUGAGGAAUCUGGAACCGAGUGGUGACAAAGAAUUGAAGUUUGCAACUUUUGGUCUUCAAUUUUGGUUUUGUUGGUCGUAUAUAAAAACAUUCUCAAAUUGGCUGGCCAAUGAUGUAGAGUGGAAUAAGUCUCACUAUUGAAUAGUCACCGGCAUUUGGAAAGACUUGGCGCGCAUGUGCGAAAAGUCAGUGCGAAAUUGUGGGAAAUGAGUUCUUGACUCCAGACCCCUGUCACUUUCUCACUGCGCAGGCUCUUCGAGAAUGCGCACUCAGAAUGAUAGGACUCUGAAUCUGAGUCUAUUUUUAUGCGAUUUUAGGAAAUCUCUGAGUUACUUAACUGCCGUUUUGAAUCAAAUUUGAUGUACUUAAAUGUAGCUCUUUAUUCCAUAGUGAGACUUAUUCGGCUCCAACUAAUUAUUUAGGUUUAAUUUCAUAAAAGAAAAAUAAUAAAUGUACAAAUACCAAUCCUAAUCCAAGAGAAAGAUAUUAAGAUUCUUUUGCGCAUUUCAGCAUCCUUUCUCGUUUAUCUGAAAUGUACCAUACUCUUGAUUCGAUAAUAUUAUUUGUUAAUACUAGAUAACUUAAUUUAUUUAUGAGUAGAAAAUCUGGGUUAAGAUUGAUGUCCAUCGAUCGUUUUAAACCUGAUUUUCUACUCAUUACGAACACUGAUCGCACAAGUAGCGUUAGUUAUUAAUUUAUUUGUUUGAGACUGAAUUUUUUAUUAUAUAUUUGAAAGGAUUUGUUUUUCACUCAAAAUUGUUGUUAGUUUACAACUCAAGAAGCAUAUUAUGCUCAGCACAGCAGAAGUCUACGAAGAAUCUGCUUAGCUCGCUUAGCUUUGGAUUUUCUAGCUUUUUUGGUAUCAUUACCGACAUGAGUGUGACGUCAUAGCCGCCAUGUUGGAUGAAUUUUAUUCUGGUAAUUUUGUUCUCUUACAAAUGCUUACAUCCCAUUCAAGACAGGAAGUCUACGAAAGAAACCUUAGCCUUGAAUGUGUUAGCCUUGUGCGGUGAUAUUGCUGAGAGUGGCGGCCAUAUCCUAUAAGUAUACGCCCAAACCAAAAUGGCUGCCCUACCAAUCUGAUAAAUAUCUAUUUCAUUCAUGGUAUCUCAUUUUUGUUCUGUAUAGUUUAUAAACGUUUUUUUCUUUACAUCCAUGACAAAUGAAUUUAUAUUCAAAUACAAUGUGUUAACAAUCAAAAUAGAAAAUAAAAAGCCAUUAUUUUGUUGAAAA